AUGCAUUCACCAGACCCAGAAUCCUCCUCCUCGUCGCGCUCGAACACACCUCCUCUAGAGACGUACGGAGGCAGUAGUGUCGCCGGAUCCUCGUCGCUCCUCAAUACCUUCGCUGCCCAGCUCACGUCCACAUUCUCCUCGAGCCCAUCCAAGCGCCGCUUGCCCGGCGGCCCCUCGUUCAGCGCGGGCUCAUCCAGCCGCGACGCCAAAUCGCGCCGCCGGGAGGAGCCGCGGCGUGGCGGGAACUGGGAGGGGAAGGAGAUCGGCGCCGCUGCAGGCGGUGGUGGCGGCAGCAAGCGGGAGAAGGAGGAGAUGGUUGAUGGCCAUGUUGUUGAGAUGCUUCGUAAGGAGAUCGGAGACCCUUUCAAUGACGCGGUUAUCAAGACAGCCAGCUAAUCGCUGGAAUGGGUGCUCUGCGGAUCUGGUCUGCCGCCUAUCUGGAAUGCUUUCCAAAGCCAGUGUUCUUUUGUAUUCAAUCGCCUUCAUUCUCGGAGACUACAGAUGUACAUUAUGCACGCCCAACUUCGACGUUCA